CCGGUCUGCGCCACGCGAGCCACUUGCUGCAGUGUCUUCUUGGGGUGUUGGACUUUUGCGCUUGUCAGCACUCGUCGGUACUGGUACGGCGCAAGGCGGUAUCGCUGCGGGCAAAACUCGCGAGGAGCUUCGCGCGAGGAUCCAAGGCGGUGCAUGAGUUGGAGCAGGUACUAUACUCAACUUUGUAUAUUAAGUUUACAAUCUAAGUUGUAAGCUUUCACUUUCUGCAAAUUUAUGUGCAUAGCUCAAAGUCCAGCUUUUCUUGGUCUACUCCCUGUGACAAUUUGUUUCUGAAACGCAACACAGACUGCGGAAGCCUCGUAUCUCCCGGCGCUGCUGGAGGGACUGCGUGAGGCUAAUGAGCGUUCGUCUGAUGAAGAGGAGACUGAGGAGGCUGCCGAGGAAUCCUCCAUAGAGGAACAGGAAAAAGAAGCGGCUCAGAUCAACACCAAGAAGAACCCCACUGCAAGGGCUGUCGCGAACUCAAGCACCCAAACGAAUGUGAAACAAUCGAGCUCGUCCAGCAACGUUGCUGUGCAGGUGGGAUCCUCCAGCUCCGCCGACGUCAGUGUGCAGGCCGAAGUGUUCUGUGUGGAGAAGAAGGACAAAUGUAUCGAAACCUUACAGCGCGAAACCCGCAAUAUCGGCGUAGGCUACGGAAACGUGGAGCGGAAGGAGACGUGCGUUGGCACCGAAGCGGUCGAGCAAAAGGACGCCGUGGUUGAGACGGAAGGUAGCACUUACGAGGAAUAUGAAGCGGUUGUGGAACAAACCAGACGCGAGGUUGUUCUAAAUGUGAAGGACGUAGGUACCGGCACCGAUCAUGAUAGAAGAGCGAGCGGCGCAUCCAUGCGGGAGGGUCAGGACCAAAGAGAAGUCCGCACCGCGGUGCGAGACGAAGUAGAAGGGGGCGCGGUCGCGAUGGAAGUGGACGAUGAUGCGGAGGAGGAGGAGAAUCAGUUAGCCGAGCACGACGUGCAGCAACCUUCAGAACAGGCAAACAUCGAGCCCGCGGAGCGAGAUCAAAUCGACGCUGAGGCCGCGGAGGAAAGUGGCGAAGAGGGUGAUAUUUCUCUCGGUUCUGCUGCGGACAGUAGCAAACAAGGCGAUGCGGCAUCGCCCUGUUCGGCAAAGUCAGCAAGUAGUUCUAGCGACAAGAAAGUGAAGUCCCCAGUUGCGGUCUGUGCGGCAGACGAAGCGAAGCAGCAGGACGGUGUUUACUUUGCACCCGAGCAGCCGCCGCUCGAGCAAGCGGGCGCGGAACGGUCCGCAGACGUCGCGAAGAACGUUGUACCGACGACUGCUGGUGCCGUGGAAGAGCAGAUGUCGUCAUCUGUGAAUUUUGCGCGAAGUGAAGAAAAUGGAGCUCUUUCCCCAAUCCCGGAAGAAAACUCGAGCGCUAGCCGAUUGUCUCCAGUCACUCCGGGCGCUGGACAGAAGAAUGGAGAUGUUGGCAUCUUCGCGGAAAUUCAACACAAGAGAGACAGCCAAAGCGAAAAGAAGAGCGCAAGAAGCGGCGGCUCUCCGGAUAUCGAGCAGCAGCGCCAGGCUUCCACGCCCAGUCUUGCAGAACGAGUUCCCAGUGGUGCGACGCCCGUCUUUGCAGAAGGAGUUUCAUCUUCCCCAGUGGCAGAGGGUGGUUCCACCCCGGUGUUGUUGUCUCAGGACGCACAACCCGAAGAGAUGAGCGCUUCCAAUCAACAACCACCUAGGAGUCCUGCGAGUCCAGCACGAACACAGAUUCUGGAGGGAGAGCAGCAGCAGCCCGUUGCCCUGACUCAGGAGCUGAGUCCGGAAAAGGAGGAGGCGCAUCAAGAACCGGAUGUAACAAGUCAUCCGAAUGUUGUAGUACAGCAAAAAUCGACAACAACAAGCACCGCGCCGAUCGUGCUCGACGAGACGGAGCACAGCGCUGAGGGGAGCGUUUUGAAAAAAAUCGAAGCGCAAGUGCAGGCCGAGAUGGCGGAAGAGCGACGGAUAAAAGAAGAACGCUUGCGGAAGGAGAGGCAGGAACAGGAAGCGCGUCCCCGGGUAUCCCAAGUGGACUUGGCUCCGAAGCGAAAUUCUCCCGGUAAAAAUUCUUUCGUUGGAUCCCGGGGCAGCUCCGGCUCCUCCUCACGGAUCAUCACGGAGGAGGAAGCUUUGGCCAUUGCUGCGCAGCGCCGCGCGGCCGAGCGCAAGGCGGAACAGGACAGGCGGGCUGAGGCAGAGAAGGAGAAGGAACAAGCGCCGGAAGUAGCUGCACAGGCGGAUGUCGUGGAGCAAGAAGAUGUCGAGAUGCAAGAUGCUCCGGCGGUUGAUGAGCGGGUUGCGUCGUCUUCUGCCGUCGUGUCAACAUCUACGGGGGCGGAACAAAACCGUCCUGCGACGCCUGAAGAGGGACCGCAGGCAGCGGGUGCCCCGGCGACGCAAGCGUCGUUGCAAAGCGACAAAGACAGACUCUGGGACCAGCUUGGCAGCGAGAGCGAGUCUGAAUUGCCUCCUCUCUGCACGGACGGGCCGGAUGCGGAGUGAUGAAAGCGAGAUAGUUAGACCAAAAGAGCGGGCUACGAAAAAAAAAAAGAACGAAACGCGACAAAUUUUCAGAAACUGUGACUGCCUGAAUUGCGCAUUUUCAUAUCGAAUGCAAUUGUGUAAGUACUACCCUCAUUUUUCUCAUGCGCAAGCACACAUCUUCAUACUUGAAAACGAAGACUCUGAAGCCCCG